AAACAUAGCAAAAUAAUUUAGCUACUGUAAAGAUGCUAUUACAUAGGAUUGCAAUUAAACUUCGCAAAUAUUAGGUGUCGCCAAACGCCAGUCUUUACAUUCGUUUGUAAAAAUGUCAGGGUUUGGCGUAUGACAGCUACCCGCUACAGUGAUUUAUUUAGCAUUGUUGUGGUACUCAGGUUCAACACUUUUCGUUUGUGAAUUGAUAGCAUUAACAAAUUGGAACCCUAGCCCUUUUUAUACUCCCGCGGAACCACCGUAUCGGGAAAAGACAUUAGUGCUAGAACCCAAAAAGUUAUGUUUGGACUAGUGAUUCCUUAACGUUAAACGUAAUCAUUGUGUAGAGUAACAAAAUAGUAUACACGCCAAAGGCACGCGAUGCUCAUAAUGCAAAGAAAAAAGGACCCAAUUUGUCUAUUCUAAAAGAAGAGAAAACCUUGCAAAACGUAUACCUUUUCCACAUUUACUAAUUAUUGAUAUAGUUCCUCUUGUGGCUUUUUAUGUGAUUCAGUCGUUGAGUUCCAAUGAGUUCAAUGUAUUAAUUUUCAAAUAAGCAUAGAAGUGAUAGGAACUGCCAUUUAAUAAUAUGGUCAGUUGCAUAUGAAAACUACAACUACAUCGUGCCUUGGCUGAGUGCAUACUAAUUCUGACAAAUGGAUAUUCGAGAUAAAAUAUUGGCCAAAGGAUUUUAUGUUGUGAGGAAUAAACGAGUUCAUCUAAGUGAAGCACAAGUGGAAGAAUUCUAUGCAGAACAUAAAGAAAAAUUCUUUUAUCAUCGCCUUAUUACAUUCAUGCAAAGUGGUCCCUGUGAUGUGUAUGUUUUAGCGAGAAAGAAUGCCAUUCAGGAAUGGAGGAAAUUAAUGGGACCUACAAAAGUUUAUCAAGCACAGUAUACUCAUCCUGACAGUAUUAGGGGAUGUUAUGGUUUAUCAGAUACUCGAAAUGCUUCUCAUGGAUCAGACUCACCAGAAGCAGCCCUCAAGGAAAUCAGUUUCUUUUUCAUGGAUAUUGAUAUAGGAAAAUGGUUUGCAGAAGAUGAACCACUGUACAAAGCCGGAUCUGUUGCAUUUAACACAGAGGAAUUUAUACAUACAAUAAAAAAUGAAAAACCAUCCUGUAAUAAUAGCUACUGCCUCACAUCUUACUUACCACCAAUGCGGGAAUAGGACUAAUGAUAAUAUGUCUGUAACUUCUGUACAAAUCAGUCUCUUAUUUACAGUAUGUAAAAUUUAAUGAAAGGAUAUAGGGAUUCUUUGUGAUUCUAUAGAGAUUUUACAUACAGCAUUUUUAAUGCUAUGUAAAAAAAGUGCAUUUGCGGAUACAUGUAGUUGUUAAUAUAUUUAAACAGAGUUUAUACUAGAGAGAGAGAGAGAGAGAGAGAGAGAGAGAGAGAGAGAGAGAGAGAGAGAGAGAGAGAGUGUGUGUGUGUGAUGAUAAAUAAUUUUUUAGAGUGCCAAAGAAAAAUACUGAUAAUAUAUAGGGAAUAAAUAUAUUAAAUGAAGAGAAGUACCAAUGGCAAUCUCCCUUAAUAUAAAAACAAUACAUAGUAUUGUCUUGGAAGCUUCUAACUGCUUUAACUGUGAUAGUUUAAAAAGUGCAUUUCACUUUGGAGCAAUAUAUCAAUAGACGUGAUCAGUAACUGAUAAAAUUACAACAUCUGGGGCAACAAAAGUCAGAAAACUUGUUUUAUGGAACUAGAGGUUCUAGGUGCUACUUCAGACUUGGUGUUUAUCUGACAACUCAAGGUCCCAAAUGAAUUAUUUUCUGCAUUGUGUAUUUUCUUUCUUCUGUACAUUUUUCUUGUCUGAUUCUCAAUAGAAGAAUUCUUCUUUAUGCUAUCCUCAGAUGUUAUAAUUUCAGAAGAUGGUAACUAAAUACUUUUUAUGCCUAUGAACUUAGUCUGUAGCUAUAAAUGAUUUUAGCCUUCAUGUAAUGUAAUCAAGAAAUAUUUGUUAUUUCAUUGAUAAAAUAUUAUAUUUGUUACAUUUUUAUGUUUAAAAAUUAUAAUGACACAUGUGAAAUGCUGUCUUUUCUUAUUUUGUACUUGAUACCUAAAAAUGAUGAUUUCGCCUGAAGCUAUGUAAUCCACAUAACGUAACUGUCAUGUGGUUCGUUCUUCACAAUAAUUCUUGGCCACACUCUGCAGGAGCAAUGAAGAUGCUCCUGCAGCAUUUUCCAUGGGAAGUGUUUGAUCACCCACAGUACAGCCUGUAAUGGGCUACGCCUGAGGUUCAUCUCUGCUCAAAUGAUCUGCUGGUUAUGAAGACAAUAUUUUGACACAGACAACGAGCUGCAGUCCAGAAUAGAAAAUUGUCGAAAACCAAUGGCAGCUGUCUUCUAUAACGAUGGAAUUGAAAAGUUGGUACAAUGCUACGACAGAUGUCUAAGUCUGAGCAGCGACUGUGUAGAGAAGUAGCUAACCAUUGCAAAUAAAACAAUUUUUAUUUC